UAUUAUUUUUCAACCGUUAUGAAUUGUUAAAUUUCAACCAUUUUCCGAGUUUAUGAAGAAAACUUUGAUAAUGGUUGAAAUUAAACAAAAAAAUGACUGAAAAAACAGGAGCCAUGUUUUCAUUCGCUGAAGUGUUUGUUUUGUUUGUGAUUCUACGUUGGACUAAAUUUCUUAAAAAUCUUUUGAAUUGCUUGACAUACAAACUACGAGAGUUAGGUUAUCUGGGGUCGGAAGCAGCAGCAGUUCCGCCGCAGACAAAAAUUCGUCGGUUUGCUACUCAACGAAAUUAUAACAGCUGCCGUUACGUCUUUAGAAUGUUCCGGAACUCCCUACGUUUGCUGCAUCAGGAGGUUCCGAAUAUACACCAAGAAAAACUGGCACCAAAAUCACAGCACAGCCGGAAGCUGAACCACAGGCCACCGGCUGAACAUUGAAGGAAAGGCAGCAGCGCAUUAUCCGUAGCAGUAGCCGACACAAUCAUUCCCUCCGCCGACAAAACUUUCUUCCGCUAAUGCAACAUAG